UACUAAGUCACGCUGGGCAGUGAGCAUUAACGAAGGCAACUGAAACCUGAUCAACCAGUUCCCCAAUGGACUGAAGGGGGAACUUCCCCGAGACAAAACCCGCCGAUCAGCAAAUAACUCAAUAGUCGUGUGGGGAUGUUUCACUUCUCCAUCGCGACUCGUCUCUCGACAGGACCGGGCAGGGCAACUUGGUCACGUUGGAGAGCAUUCAGCAUAUAAAGGCAGCUCUGGUCGCCCCGGAUAUUUGCUAUCAUCCCCCAGCACAACAAACAAGAACAACCACAACUUCAAUCCUCCUGACAACUCACCAAUCAACCAAAAUACCUACCCCAAAAUGAAGCUCCUUGCUCUCCUCUCCACCAUCGCCGGUGUCUCGGCCCUUCCUCAGGCCGCCACCACCACCGCCAGCCAGCAACAGCAAGCCAACUUCAACUCCUUCAACGUGAUGUCCGCUCGCUCGGCCUCGCCCAUCCACCUGCUUCCCUUGAACGCCGCCUCGGGCGGCUUCUACCUGGGCCUGCAGAACGCCUCGAGCUACUGCCCCGAGGUUGUGGAGAAGCUGGGCGCUUGUCCCCCAGGCACCGAGACCGUGUUCGACGCCGGCGCCAACUCUCUUGACGUCUCCGUCCCCGGCGGCCAACAAGUCUACAUCGCGCCCUCCGGCGCCCUAGCCUUCACGCAGCCCCACUCCGCCAACAUCCCCGCCGGUAGCGUGGUCGGCGCCUUCAGCUACUCGCAGAAGCCCGGCGCCACCUUCGGCUACUGGACCCUGGAGAACAGCGGACUGAUCGCUUGCCCUGUUCCUGCUGCUGCUGCUGCUGCUGAUGCUUGCUCCUCGGCUGUUCCCUCCGCUACCCCCACCCCUGGUGCUGCCAACACCGCCAGCAAGUGGCAGGUCUUCGCUGCUUGGGGUAACGCGACCGUUCCCUCGGGUAAUGUCCGUGACUGCCUUGGCUUUGAUGCUUUGGCUGUUGGUCGGAACGGUAGUGCUGCUGCUUGGGAGUAUCUGUAA